AUGGGAGAUCUGCCUGAAAACGAAGAGCGGGUUUCUAACACACACAAGAUUAAUUAUCUGCUAAGAAGUAAACGCCCAGCAUCUGGAAGUCCAGAAGAUCCUUCAAAGCCUGCAACGACAUCAAAUAAUAAUCCCAGACACAAGAAGAAACAAAAACAACAAAAACAACAAACCAAUAUGGAUGCAAAAAAAUUCGAUGAUUUCAUCAAAAGAAUGGAUGCUUUUUCUCAGGCUACUUCAUUCCAAUUAAACGGUAUCACUGGCAAAAUCGACUCCUUAGAUUCGAAAUUGGAAAAGCUGCAAAAGAAAACUGACAUACUCGAAGAAAAACAGGAUCAAGCUGCCAAGAAUAUUGAUUGGUUAUAUAAUGAAAUGUCAUCUGUUCAGAUUGAAUUAAAUCAGGUAAGACAAGCAACAUUGGCCAAUGAUUUUGUUAUCAAUGGCAUUCCAUCGGAACUUAUGCCACAACUUCCGCAAGAUGCUUUAAUUCUUACUGCUGCAGCUGUUGGUUUGGUUAUUGAAUCUAAAGAUAUAAAACAAAUAUCUGAAAGAAAGCAUAAGCAAUCGAAAACAUCAAGAGUAAUGGUAUCGCUUCACAAUGGCCUGUUAAAGCAAAAGCUGAUGGAAAAAGUUAAAAGCCAAAAUCCACUUUUGGUUAAAGAUGUCUUCGUGAAUGUUCCUGAAAACUCACCGAAUAUCGGAAAACAAAUAAAAAUAUUCAAUCAGCUCACGCCAACUAAUCGAAGAAUAUUGGUGGCAGCUCAACGAGUGAACAAUGGGAGCUACAAAUACAUAUGGGAGAAAACUGGACGUAUUUUAAUCAAAAAAGAUGAAAACGCUAGAGUCAUUGAAAUACGUUCCACACAACAAUUAAUGAACAUUUUUGGGCCGAACGUUUUCGACAUUUUCAAUAAUAAUGUCAACAAUUGA